AUGCAUCCCACCAAUGGCAGUCAACCACCCCUCAGCAUGAUCAAACUGGAGUCUCCCGCCAACUACUACAAUAGUUAUUCUUCUCCGACGGACUACAGGGGAUUAGAUCCUCCUUCGGGGGAUCACUUACCAGAGGAAGGGAUGCCCUGUUCUUCCCCUACACAUCAGUCCCCUAGUCCAGCUAUUGGAUACCGUGCUAAACGUUUACGUCGACUCUCCUUCAGCGAAGAAGACAUGACUAGAACAGCUGAAACUAGCGGAUAUUACUGUCACUCCGCUGCUGAUCUGACUAAUCAUGCUGUGUGGGGAAGCGACAUAGAACACGGCAGAAUUCACAUCGUUCGAACAGGAAACCCUCCCGCUCUCACCUCUCCUCACCUGCUUCAUCAAGCUAAAGUCAAGUCAGGAACACCCAACAGUUUCGUUCCUGUCAGUGGAGGGUCACCCGGCCUGAGAGAGGCUGUGAUUUACCACCAGGAGGCUCCCAGGGCAAAUAAAAAGCCGGUGUCUCCUCAUAACAGUGAAACUCUGACUCAUCAACCAGGAACAGUAAACUUAGCUUGUCCACCUUCGUCCAGCCUGGGGGGUCCCGUACCUCCUUCUGGAUCGUAUAAUUUGGGGUCAGGCCUCGGAAAAUACCAAGAAAAUGGAGAUACGUUUUCUGACUUUGUUAACCUUGUUUGUCAAGAAGCCCAAAGUGCUGUACCUCAGCAGAUUGCUGAGUCUGGUGCUCGUACCGCAGCUAAACAUCCCCAUUUUUACAACACUUCAAUGUUUUAUCCAGCACCCCCAGGACCGAAAGCAAGACAAGUUGCCCUCGUCAAGAUUACGGAUUUAAACUCGUCCACCUCAAGCCCGCCUGUUCAAACCAGCGUUGCUACGGGAAACAGUCGUAUUCCAAGUACAAAUCUGAUAGUGAGAGAAAAUCGAGUUCAAACCGUAACUUCCUCAGGACUUGUUGGAUCUAUGUUGUCGAGUGGCCAAGAAUUACCAAUGGUCAACCGUCCUGUGAUCACCGGCAUUGGGAGAACUGACCACAGUUUCUCACAUUUCCAUCCACAGUCUCAGAUAUUUCCUUAUCCAAACAUCAGUCCAGCUAAUGGGACAAGCGGGGUUAUUAGUCCCCCUAGUAUCGCCAUGUUUACAUCAUCAGUGACUGCCUCCCGUAGCUCUCCACGAACUACCCCCAUUUCACGGUGGAAUCCUCCUUUCAUCACUCUUGACGACAACAUGGACUAUAACGUGAUGGCCGGGUUGGUGACUGGACAGACUUCAGAGGAAGAGCCUCCUCAGCUGCUUGGAACAGAAGAACGUUUCUUUUCCGCGGUCCAUUGUAACGAACCCAUCGAUACGUCCAUCAAUCACGCUACCACUCCCACAAAGUCCCAACCCUCGUAAACUAAAGAUUCGAUUAAAAGU